AUGGCUAUAAAAGAGGUCCAACGACUCAUCGCAUUAUAUCCGAAUUCGCGGGCAGAGAAAUUCCUGAAGGAUAUAGAGCGGAUGAUAGGCGUUCAGAGUAAACUGUGGCACUACACGUGGAUAUUCGUGUGGAAGUUUGCAUGUCCGCUGACGAUAGGGUUCAUCCUGGUGUUCAACUGGCUUCAGUAUAAGCCGGCCUCGUAUGGCGACUACGUCUACCCGGACUGGGCCAACGCCCUCGGCUGGAUUAUCGCCUUCGUCCCGAUCUCGGCGACGCCGAUACUAGCCAUCUACAAGCUCUACAAGAUUCGACAUUCGAGCCAGCCGAUAUUUCAGGUGUGGGGAGAUGCGGCUGUACAGAUAUUCUUCGCCCUGAGUCCCGCCUGGGGAGGCCUUAUAACUCUGGCAAGCUACAACAAGUUUCACAACAACUGUUACAAGGAUGCUCUCAUCGUGUCGCUCAGCAACGUGUUGACCAGCAUCUUCGCUGGAUUCGUCAUCUUCUCCGUCAUCGGCUUCCUCGCUCACGAACUCGACAAACCCGUCGAGCACGUCAUCGCACAAGGCGCCGGCCUGGCGUUCAUCGUGUAUCCGGAGGUUGUGACCCGUCUACCCGUAUCACCGCUCUGGGCCUUCCUAUUCUUCUUCAUGCUCAUCACGCUUGGACUCGACAGCCAGUUUGCGCUGCUGGAGACGGUUGUCACGGCGAUACUCGAUCGGUUUCCCAAUCUCAGGGGCAAGAAGACGUGGGUCGUGCUCGCCACCAGUCUCGCUGGCUUCACGUUCGGUCUUCUCCUCUGCUGCGAGAUAAUAGGAUCCGUUGAGACCGCACCGGAGACGGGGAACGCAGGAUAG